UUUCUCGAUAAUCUAACAUUUUCGGGGAAUGUUAUCAUUCCCCGUGUUCAACUUUGACGUCUUGCAUCGCCGUUAAUUGAUCCUCCUUCCGAGAAUCCGAGCGCGAUAACUUCUGGAUGGCAGAAGUGAACAGAACUCGCUGAUAUAAUGUGUCGUGACCCCGAUGGUAGAAAACUAUAAGAACAGCCAGUCGCAUUCGUGCUUCAACAGUCGCAGAUCAAUCGCUUCCGCGAUGUUGCGAUACCUUCCGCUGCUGUCGCAAGUAAUCGUCCUGGUGCUCUCGGCGAGCGUCACCGAGCAGAAGGAGGCGCCGGCGAAGGUGCCGACUUGCCUAGACGUCGACGGUUACAAUGUCUGCCACUACAAGGGCGUGCUCGUUGACGUAACUCAGCGUCGCUUCGAGGAUCGACUGGAAAUCGGCGACUUGGACCUCUUAGCGAUCCGGGAGGAUGCCUUCAAAAAUUUAACGGCGACGCACUUGUACCUAAACCAGGGUAAUCGAAUAUCCGUACUGAAAAGGGAGUCUUUCCGCGGCCUGCCGAUGUUGAAGUGGCUCCACUUGGACAGCAACGUGGUGCCGUUGUCGGGUCACUUGUUCGCCGAGCUGGGAAACUUGCAGUCACUGUCGCUGGUCUUCAACAAGAUCAACUCGAUACCGGCGGACUCUUUCGCAGGCCUAUCGAAGUUGACGUGGCUCUACCUCGGCCAUAACGACAUCGCUUCGGUCGACGCGGACUCAUUCUCGUAUCCCAAUCCCGAGCUAUUGUUUCUGUGGCUCAACAACAACAAGAUCACUCGAAUAGAACCGGGCGCGUUCGCCAGUUUAACUGAAUUGAAUCGCCUCUACUUGGACCACAAUAAGCUGCAGGACUUACAGGCCGGCGUUUUCCAAGGACUGAACAAGUUGGAAGUACUCUACCUAAAUGAUAAUCAGUUAACGAGCGUAACCAGGCCGCUUUUCCGUGGCCUAGUCGACCUGAAGAAACUCUAUCUUCAACAUAACGAGAUUAGCACUCUUGAGGCCGGCACGUUCCAGGAGCUGUCUCAGUUGGAACAACUGUAUCUCGGCAAGAACAAACUGUCUCACAUUGUAGUCGGUGCUUUCGCAGGGAUUCUCGAGCUGCAAGUACUUGAUCUAUCCGACAAUAACAUCCACACAGCGGAUAACGUCAUUUUCGAAGGUCUCACGAAGCUGCGUCUUCUCAAGAUCGACAGCAACUCCACCGAGAAGCAGAUCGGCGACUCGUCCACGACACCGGCAACGUUCACUUUAUAAGAAUCUCUCUUAUUAUAGAAUUUGUUGAGUUUAUCAGCGACGUUUGGCAUCGUUUCGCAUCGAUUAUUAUUACGUAUGAGAAACACAAACAGACUUAUCAGUGACCUUUAAAAGAGGAGAUAAGGAAACGAUGUAAAUGCAAAUAUAUAUAUUGCUUUUUAAGAUGUAUCCGCUCAAUAAGAAAUAUAACAUAUUAUAUCAUGUAAUAUA